GCCUCUCCUUCCCGGCCGCCCGGCCCCCGCCCCGAGCGCGGAGCCCGGGGAUCGGCGCCGCCCGGCCGCCGCUUUCCCUCCCUCCUCCACGGCUAUUUUUAGACGGUCAAGUCCCGGGCUCCUUUGAACCCACCCCGCCUUCCCCCAUCUGAGCGGGUGUCGCGGGCCCGCCGUGGGGCAGCGGGCUCGGGCCGUGGAGCAGCUGCGGCUCGGGGCGCAUCUCCGGGCGGGUUGCGGCCGGUGCCUCAGUUUCCUCAUCCGCAGCAGGGGCCGAGGGCUGAAGACGGAUGCCACGCUGAGGAUGAGACACACCCCUGUGGCAGUGAAGGCUCCUGGCAGCUAAGGGCAGGGCUGUGGAGGGCACCCAGAGCCGACUGCGGGGGGCUCGGCAGCAGAAGAGAUUUCCAGCCUGCUGGGAGCUGCCCACCUUCCCUCUGGAGCCAUGCCUGUGUGGCUGGGCCCUGGGGCUAACCCAGAGCAGAUGGCAUGGAGCCCCGGUGCUGGCGUGGCUGUGAAGCGCUCUCCAACAGGCUUGGAGGUGAAGCUGGGGUCGCUGGUGACGCUGCUGCUGCUGACCAUCGUCUGUGGCCUGGCCCCACUCUGCAUCUUCCGGCACCCCGGUAGUGCAGCCGGCUCCUCCGACGCACGCAGGAGGUUCCUGAGCCUGGUAAGCUGCUUUGCGGGUGGUGUGUUUCUGGCCACCUGCCUCCUGGACCUGAUCCCCGACUACCUGGAGGGCAUUGAUGAGGCGCUGGAGAACCUGAGAGUCACGCUCCAGUUCCCCCUGCAGGAAUUCAUCCUGGCUAUGGGCUUCUUCCUGGUGCUGGUGAUGGAGCAGAUCGUGCUGGCCUACAGGGACCAGGCAGGCUCCCUGGAGGAAACACAGGCGCUGCUGGGGGGCUCAUCGCAAGAUGGCUCUGUGCAGGCCCAGCCCUGGUCGGAUGGGCCCCUGCGCUCAGCGCAUGGCCCUGGCCCUGACCGGCCCCACGUGCACAUCGACUUCAACGCGCACUCAGCCAUCCGGUCCUUCGCGCUGGUGCUGGCACUCUCGCUGCACUCAGUCUUUGAGGGUCUGGCCGUGGGGCUGCAGGAGGCUGGUGCCAAGGCCCUCGAGAUCUGCCUGGCAUUGCUGGUCCACAAGUGCAUUGUGGCCUUCAGCCUCUCGCUGAAGCUGCUACAAGGUCAGCUGCACCCGCGCGCCGUGGUCGGCUGCCUGCUGCUCUUCGCCCUAAUGUCCCCACUGGGCAUUGGGCUGGGCGUGGCACUGACGGAGACAGCGGCCGCACUGCCACAGCUCUCACGCAGCGUGCUGGAGGGGCUGGCAGCCGGCACCUUCGUCUACAUCACCUUCCUGGAGAUCCUGCCCCAUGAGCUCGGCUCCCCGGAGCAGCGCAUCCUCAAGGUCAUCCUGCUCAUCGCCGGCUUUGCCCUCGUCACCGGCAUCCUCUUCAUCAAGAUCUGACUGGAGGGUCCUGUGGGUAGUGCACACAGCUCAUUGCAGCACCAAGGGUUGGGGGUGCAGUCAGCUGUGUGUGUGUGUGUGUGUGUGUGUGUGUGUGUGCGCGCGAUGGGGUUGCAGGGAGCCUACGUCACCUGUCCUGUGGCUUGGGAAUCCCCUCCCCGCAGACUCCCAUGGGCAGGGGAUUCCCAAGCCAGGGCCACAGACCCAGGGUCGGGCCAUUCACUGGCCCAUCACCCCCUGCCUGCAGUGGGGGAUCACCCUGGGGGCUCAGGGGCCUGCCCCUGCAGCGCGCAGGCCAGACCCAGUGCCCCCAGGGCCAGAGCAGCCCUGGUCACAGCAGCACUCCAGAGUCUGGUGCGCGCUGUGGGCUUUGCCCAGCCACCCCUGUACCCUUCGUGUUUAAGUGCCAAACUUCCCUCGCCCUUCCCAAAGCUGCGGACCAUGUGGGGCCACUGACAGAGGGACAAAGGGCCUGAGCCCAGGAUCGGGGCCUGUGACUCUCUUGGGACACGGGCCUCGGCUCAGGCUGUCCAAUAACACAGGAGGAGGCAGGACACCAGCUGCAGCUGCUGGUUUCUCUGCUUGUUCUCACUGGCAGCUGCAAUGACACUGGGCUGGGCGGGGAACGUGCCAGGCUGGUCAGGGUGGCAGCCGGGCAGAGCUGAGUGCUGUUUGUAACAAGUUGGCUGGGUCCCUGUCUGGCUCUUAGCAGACCUGGGCUCCCCCGUCUUUGCCACCGGCCCACAGGAUGACCUUGGGCAAGUCCCCUCGCUGCUCUGGGCCUGUUUCCCCCUCUAAAAUGGGGCCCACGAUCCUGACCUCUGGGAAGCGCUUUGGGGUGGAGACUUUAUGGAGCCGCGGUGGGGGCGAUCCCUGGGAAUCAGCCAGGCGACGCCUGCUCCCCCCGCCAGGUCCCACCCGCGCUGCAGUGACCCACGGCUGGCAGCAAGCCCCAGGCCCCGGGGGCUCUUGCCCUUGGUGGAAGUGCUGCCGUGGCCCUUGGGAGCCCACGGCACUAUUUUUUUACGCUCUCAGUCCCCUUCCCAGGCUAUUUUCCAGCCUGCCCCUUGUUAAGCAAGCCCCAGGUGCGGGCACAGAGUCUAUUUUACUAACACCCUUCUCCGCCCCUGGGCUGCUCCGACAGCCCCGGGGGUGCCAAUAAAAUGACUUUCUGCA